AUGUUUACUGUUAGAUUUCAAAAUGUCUUACUUUCCACAGCUUUAACUUUAAGCUUCGUGCUGUUUCCUAAUAUACGUCGUCAUUCGGAAUCCGCCGGUUCUUUAGAAUUAACUGCUUAAAAGAAAUGCGAUUUCUGGAUAACCUCCUUUUAUUUUCAAACAGAAGAUUCCUCUCCAUUGACUGGCUGCUUGUUUGCCGCAUCUUAUCAGUUUACUCUUUCAUUGAAUUUUACAUAAAAACAUGCUUGAAAUGAAAACUGAUACUUGAAAUGAAAAGUGCUUGAAAAGUGCCAGGAUAAAGUGCAUGUUUCACAAAUAUAUUGUCUGAAAAUGUCGCUACUAUUCACCUUCGGCUUGCUGCAUUGGAGCCCACAAUGAUUUUCUGCCAUUAUGAUAAUUUGGUUGGCUAUUUUGCUAAUAAGAAGCACGAACGCAGGAACAGAGAGACAUAGCAAAGAAGUAGAAGAAAGUUCGAUGCAUCUUCAUUAGAGGAGGCUUUUCAAUUCCAAAAAGAAACUGAAGCUGCAAGGGGAGUGACUGAGGACAGAAUUUUCAGAUAAACUUAUCGUAGUUUUCUGAGCUUUUGAGCAGGGGGGAUUCAGGGACAUUAUGGGAAAGUACACGAAUGCGGCCAUUCUCAAUAUAUUUCUUCUGUUGUUCAAAUCUCACGUUGCCACUACAGAGGAAAGUGAACCGCGCGACGAUGAGAUAGAAAUGCAGUACGUCAAAAGGUUGCUGGAAUCAGACCAGUAUGAUUUUCGCAUCCGGCCUAACUUUCCAUAUGAUCUAACGAAUAUUACAGUUGGGUUUUCUGUGCUAACAAUAGAGGACUUACAAAUAGAAGACAUGGCAUUCACACUUGAAAUAUUUCUCAUGCAAGAAUGGGAAGACCCGAGAUUACGUCAUGACUAUAAAAAGGACUUAGAUGCUAGCCAUUUCAUAAAGGACAUUUGGAUUCCUGACACAUUUUUCCAAGAGGCGACUAUCACAGACAGAGGAAAUUACAAGCAAUAUCAGGAAAAAAAGUCACUAUUGAGAAUUCAUCCAAAUGGAAGUAUCUAUCAUAGCUCAAGGGAGUCUUUAAGGCUGUCCUGUGGAAUGGACCUCAAGAUGUUCCCUGCCGAUGUUCAAACAUGUAAUAUAACAAUUGGAAGCUAUGCCUUCGAAAACAGAGAAAUAAGAUACCAUUGGAAAAACAGCAGUCGACACGUGUACACCUUUAAAAACAAAAGCUUGUCGCAUUACGAAAUCGAUCCGAUGAGUCGAACCGAAGUAGUGCUGAAUGAAAACCACGGGGAAUGGUCAAAGUUGCGAGCACAAAUAACAUUCAGACGAAAGACGAGUGCUUUCAUCUCGGCAAUGUACUUCCCUUGCACCGUGAUUGUAAUCGCAUCGUGGAUAACCUUCUUUAUCCACCCGGAUCACUUUCCUGCCAGAACGAAUUUAUGCGCAGUAUCAGUGUUGACAAUAAUAACUUUACAAGGUGGAUUGAACAAUACAUUGCCGAAGGUCAGCUAUAUAAAAUCGAUUGACAUGUAUGUUUGGGGAUGCGUUCUGUUUGUUUCUGGUGCAUUCGUGGAAUACGUCCUGGUGCUUCUCCUUAAACACAAAAAGCGACGCGUUAUCAAGCGCAAAGAGAGGAAAAAACUGGAAAGAAUAAAGCUGACAGGGGAUGUUGAUCUGUUCAAAGAUGAUGGCAAAACAGCCGGGAUCAUCACAAAGGGGAAUAACAACGCGUGGACUCAGUUUUAUCUGAAAGAAGAGUGGCCAAUUGUCCUUGACGAGUAUUCUAGGAUGUUCUUUCCAUUUGCAUUCGUUGCGUUCACAGCUAUAUACUGGCUAACGUCAAUGAAGGGUCCCAGUACCCUUUCGCAUUCCAACGCAAGUUGAAGCCCAAGAGCUUUAGGGGAGUCAAUUUAAGGCCAAUUAUUUGCAGCGACGUUUGCCUUUAGCGAAAUGGGAUUGAAUAUUAAUCCAUGAGCUGCGCAGGAGGUUUGGCAACUCAAAAAUGACAUCACAACAUGACACAAGCUGAUUAGAAGAGGGAAUUGGUAAACAAGAAACUCUGCAAUCCUUCAAACACCCCGAAACUGUCUGCAUUAAAUGCAAAACUAAAUUGAGAAAAAAAUUUGUUUGUAGUCAAGGGAUUUCUAAAGUAAAUAAUUAAUGUUAAGAUGCACAAUCGGAUUUAUGAUAUGUCAGAUAACGUAAAAUUUUGCAGGACCCAUAAUAAUUGCAGGUAGUAUGGGGAGACUUUGUAAUUCAUACUGACUGGAUUUUAAACAAACAAUUUGAGUUAAGAAGCUAGAUUUUAAGCCAUUAAUAUGCAUUGGGUAACAGGAGAACCUAAACAAAAAGCACUGCAAGAUCAGCGUUAUUCUUGAGUCGUUUUUCUUUUAGAACAGAACAGCGAAACACCCAGACUUACGGCAUUCAUUGGCCAGUGCAAGGUAUUAAACAAGAAUUAUAUGUAGCUUUGGUUUUACUGCUUCCAAACCUUUAUUUAUUAAGUUUCAAAUUUACGAAACAAGAAUAAGAACAAGAAUAAGCACAAGAACAAAGCAUGAAAACAGUUCCUUCAUAAUUUAAUGACGAUUUGAUUGACAUAAGAAUCUUGAUAAACUAAACCAUCUAGAAACAUUGAUAACGCCAGAAAAGUCAUAAUUCCAGUUCAGCUCCGGUCAUUUUUCCAAAUUAUGUGACUGAAAUUGGUUAGUCCGGUAUCUGGUCCUCUUGCUGCAGGAUAUCAAACAAGGCAAUGGGUCAUAUGCCGAGAUAACAGUCUAUAGGCUAAUGAUAACGAGACAACAGUGUUUUGG